AUGUUUAAUACAAAGAUAUUUGAGAAUAGCAACUCAUCUUCAGGUGGCUCAGCUACUGCUACUGCUACUGCAAUUAAUAUUCCCGAUCAAUCAAACACUGGUGGUAAUGGCAACAGUAAUGGCCAUAUUAGCACACAACAACCAAUAGAUAUCACAUUCAACCAUAGAGCUUCUGUGUUUAAUAACUCGCGAUUUAGACGUGAAUCAGUGGCACAUUCUCAAGGAAUGGGUGGUAUAUCUUGGGGUUCAGUAACAAUAGGGUCUUGGCUUAAAGAUGAAGUUAUGAUGGCAAAUGGUAGUUCUAAUAAUCAAGGCAAUUUUCUUACGCCACAUUAUCAUUCAAAUAAUUCACAGAUGGCUCUGGGGCAACAACUGCAAGCACAACAGCAGUUUCAUAACUAUUCACAACAAACCCAUCAAUCGUCUUCAAAUCAACCAAACCUAAUCAAUCCUAGACGAGGGUCAUUCAGAGCUACUUCUACUCAUCCAAGUAUGUCUCCUCAUUUACAAACUUCAUAUCUACCUGAAUUGGAAGCGGAUUAUUGUAAAGAUUACAAUUGUUGUGGCGAGUUAUUGCCAACUUUGCAUGAUUUAUUAAGACACUAUGAAGAGGCUCAUAUACUGGCAUCUCCACCAACAGAUCAAAGUCACCACAUGUUAAACAAUAAUAGAAGUCGAAACAACUAUAAUAAUAUGCAUAAUGUCAUGGAAACUGUAUCUACAACGGAUGUGUUUUUGAACAAUAACAACAACCACCACAAUAAUCACCAUAGUCAAACAAUACAUCCAAAUGCAGCAAGUAAUAAUUAUAACUUUGCUAAUCAACAAGCCCACCAAAUUCUUCAACAACACGAUCAACAACAACAAGCUCAACAUGCCCAACAACAACAGGCUCAACAACAACAGCAACUUCUACAACAACAACAACAACAGAAGAAUAAUAAUAAUAACAAUAACAAUCAAAAUCAAUCCCCAACGCAAAUUUCAUCACAUCAACAACAACAACAACAACAAUUUCACCAGAAUAGUUUUGGAAGUUCCCAUCAACAAUCACCAAUUGGAUCUCAAGGUGCUGGAGAUGAAGAUACUCCUAUGGAUGAAGAUGACAUGUAUAUUGAUGAUCCAGCACGUCAUUUAUAUGUUGCAGAGAAUGAAGAGAAUAAACCGUUUAAAUGUCCAGUUAUUGGAUGUGAUAAGACUUAUAAGAACCAGAAUGGAUUAAAAUACCAUCGUCAACAUGGACAUCAAGGACAAAAUUUGAGAGAAAACCCAGAUGGAACAUUUUCGAUUAUUGAUCCGGACUCAAAUUGCCCAUACUUGGAUAAUUCAGCUUUGGAAAAGGAUAAACCUUAUAGAUGUGAAGUAUGUGGUAAGAGAUAUAAGAAUCUUAAUGGUUUGAAAUACCAUCGUGGUCAUACUACUCAUUAA